AAAAGGUAACAAAGAGAUCGUUCAGUAGGAAAGAAGCAGUGUCUUUUAGCUUGAGCAGUCUUAGUCGAUUCCUUUCCUUGGCAUUCUUUCUUAGUGACUCCUGUGCCUCAGUUUAUCCAGAGGACCACUGUGGUCCUUAUCUGUUUUCAUGGAACAAGUUUGCUGAUUCAAGCAGAUCAUUUUCUAAACUGACUCACAAGUGCCAUCAUCCUCACUCGGAGAGCCUUUCUACCUAGGAACAGGCAUUUCCCUGACCUCAGUCUCUGUGUUCCAGGUCUUUCCAUGCCCGAAGGAAAAGCCAAGGACUUUUAGGAUCAGCAUCUGAGAAGUGUGGGAUAGCAAUGUGCAUGUUUCUUCUUGGUAUUAUUACAGUAGGUAGAUAGCCAGACCUGAGCAGGCAGGGGGAGGCGGACUUCCGCCAGUGUUUACGUGGGCUAGAUGCUUGCCUAUGUUCUACCCAUUCCCUGUAAGCUGUUCUUGGGGAAGGAGGGGAGUGAGAAUAUAGAUAACAGACUGGCCAAAACUGGCUGGUUCAGGCAUGGAGGAGAAAUUGACCAAAUUUCAACCCAAGUACAUUUUAUACUCAUUGACACAGUAAAAAUUACAGCUCCCUGCACCAUGACAGUUCUAGGGAGAACCAAAUUUAGCCAAAAUCCCUCUGCGCAAUGUGACGGUGAAGCAAGCCUGAACACCAGAAAAAGCUCCACCUGUUCCCUUUAAAACCUAACCCCACUUAGUGAAUAUUUAUCUCCCUUAUUAAAAAGACUCCCCAUUGUUUCCUCUGCAGGCCUCCCUCUGGGUCUGCCUGCACUCCAACUCUUGGGCAUAUACUCUUGUCUUUCUCUGAACUUUUAUCCUCCAAAUUAAAUCUCUACCAUUGUUUGUGCCCAUCCUUGAAUUCUCUCUCGCAACAAAACCAAGAACCAUCUCUGGCAACACUAUUACCACAGUUUCCACAGAUCCCACAGCAGUGACCGCCAACAGCCCACAAAAGCCAGAGGCACGAGCGUGCCCUAUGCUGUCAGCAAUGCCCUGUGAUGGUAAUAAUUGCCAUAAUACUAAAUAACUCACUUUUGUGAGCACACUGCCUAGGGCACAGUUUUUGGCACAUGUAAUUUCAUCACUUCCCUGAAGGCACAAUGCAGGGUUAGAUGAAGAGUAAGAAUGGUCUUUUUCCAUCUUGGUCUUUCAUUGAGUCCUUGGCCGCUUGCCUGUCUUUGUCUCCACAAGGUCAGAGAUGUGUACUACUCACAUUGACCAUGGAAGUGACUCCUGCCCCAUUACUGGCUCCAGGGCCAAGUGUCUGUCUCCCUGCUACAUCGCUGAGACUAGCCAUUGGCCCAGGGACCUAGCAGUUUGGCUUCCUUGUAAUAAAGGGAUCACUGAAAGUUACAAAUUCCCAUUCCUAGCAAAUAUGCUUGUUUAUUUGGAAUAAACUUUUUUUCUGGUAAGUAACUCCCAUCUGAAUAUUGCAGUUGCACUUGGUGUUCGAGAAGAACAGUUGUUUCAUUUUUCAUCAGUAUCACAAGGCUGAUCUUUAGUUAGUUCACCCAGAAAUGGCCAGUUAAACCACCUGUUAAAUUAUUGGACUAUAUAAUGGCUGAUAAGUAGCCUCUGCCCCCAGCCCUACCCCCACAUCCCACCUCAUUGAGGCUGACCCAGUCCCUCCCCAGGACACCCUGGAUCUCCCCCAAAUCCACAACUGAAGGGGCGAAUACCUGACAGAGCAUCUAGCUGAGCAGAGGCACAACUGCUGUCCACGCUAAUAGAUCGGCCACCACAUCACUCAGGGUAUUCAGUAUUUUAAUGAGGCUCCUGCAUCAUUAUGGUGUUGAAGAUACAAUACACCACACCAAUAUAAACCAAUCCAUUUUUUAAAACUUUCUAGCCCAGUGUUUCUCUAACUUGAACGUGCAAGCACCUGGAGGGCUUGUUAAAGCACACACAUCUGGGUCCCACCCUCACAUUCUGCUCAGUCAAUCCAGGGUGGGGCCUGAGAACUGGCAUGUCUCCCAGUUUCCCAGCAAUGCGGGUGCAUUGGCCCAGUGACCCACAGACAGCUCCCUGGUAGAGAGUCUCUCCAGAGCAAGGAGAUCCCUUAGCGUAAGACCACCCGGGGAGUCCUGUAAGCAGAGUCCCAUUCAGUGGAUGUGGGGUGGGGCCUGAAGUUCUGCAUUUCUAUCAAGCUCCCAGGCUAUACCACUGUCUACAGGAAGAGACGUCAUCCUUAAAAAUCCUUUAUUGUCUCUGUACUCAAUACCUGUCGUAUCCUCCUCCUCUCAUUUAAAAGAAUUUUUUUUUCACUUUGCCCUCCUUUGCUCUUCCUCUCUCCCUUUGCCAGCUUUCUUCCUUUCUCUUUCUUUCUUUCUUUUCUUCCCGCUUAGUUUUUCUUGUCGAUUUUUCAAGAUUUAAAAUUCCCAGUCCAUUCUCAGCUUCCAUCCCUGGAGACAUUUUUUAAAAGAAGAAAGAAAAAAAACAAAAAAAGAUACAACCCUGACUUCCCAAAAGGAGGCUCCACCCAGGCCGUUUUGGAGACUCACGGUGCCAACGAUGAGGUCAGAAACGAGUCUGGAAAAGCCACGUGAGUGCACGUCAGGGAAACAAGACAGUCCGGAGCAAAGGGAAAGCCUGGGUUGCCUUCCUCUAGAAAAUAUGUAAGCAGUUUUUUCCCAGGACUAGAAAUGUGCCCUGCUUACCGACUAAGCACUCUUUCUGCAAACCAAGUAAGAGAUGUCUGUUUCUGUGAACUUGGCCAUUUUCUGGAUUUUAAUAGAACUUAAUGCUAGUUGGGAAUAAAGAGACUUCUGUGAGCCAUCAGCUUGUCCCCUCCCUGCCCUUCGGCUGGGCAAGCUGCUUAGUAGUAAAUUCUGUGGAAAAGUCCACAAGCCCUCUCACUGAAGGACAGAGUGCUGGCCCCGCAUUGCUCAACUUCCCUGAAGCCAGUUUGUGACUUUAGUAGCUGUGUCUGAGAGUUAAUUCUGUACUAUUUUCUUUCCAAGUUCGAGAGCUAAUUCUAUAAGGAAAAGGAGGGAAGAAAUGGUAGGUAUCUUGGUGUAGAGAAAAAAGGAAUUCCCUGUAUUUAGUUCAUCCAUUGCUAUAUGGCUUUCUAAGAGACCUGCAUAAUUUAGCUAUGUGUUCCUCCCUGAGUGACAGGUGACCCAGACUUGGAUUCUAGAUUAAUUCUAGCGAGUAUAAGUUAUCUAAACGUAAACUGCUGUACCUCUUCCAUCUCAUCCAUAGAGUGGACACAAUCGCCUUAAUUAACUGGGUUGGUAAGAUAACAAAAAGGCAAAUGAUACCUGUAACUAAGCCCACACGUUGGAGCAGUGAUUCUCAACUGGGGGCUUGGAAGAUGUCCAAUAUGUAUCACCAUCCAUCUGUCCUUCUUGGAUGAAAAAGAGAAGAAGGUGAUAUGAUCUUAAAUAUAUAACCACGAAUAAAAUUUCUGGCUGCAAUGGCAGAAGCAUCAAAGUCAGGGGGUCUCAAACUUAAAUGCUAAUAGAAGCCGGGCAAGUCAUAUAAAUAAGUAAAAUGCCCUAGAGGCCAAAAAAAAAAAAAAAAAGAAGAAGAAGAAAACAGAAAAUGGACAAAGACAUUAGAAAUACUUCAAAUGUCUGUUAUUGUGGUAGAAGACAGACAGCUGCACACCCACAACAAAAAUGGCAUCUUGCCGUUCUGCGACGAGUUCCUGAAGCGACAGAGACAAUAGGGACUGAAGUCAACCGGAAAAAGGAGGCUCCCUCUAGAGGGGCAGCUACUGCUCUCUCCGCUGCAGUGAUCAUGCAGCACCAGACUGAAGGCCCAGUGUUGCCAGAUCUUAAGACUUUUCAAGAUGAGUAAGAAGCUUUGUUUAUACCUAAAAUACUCCAGUUGAUAAAUGUUGGCCAAUAGCCAUCAAAGGCUUGGGGACAGCAAGGUUACAACCUGUGCUGUUUUUCCUUUUCAGAGUUCUGCCAUCUCAGAAGGGAGCUCAUUGAAUUGCUGUUUGUUUUCUGUUCUCUAAGAGGAAAGAAAGCCCUUUCUGAAGUAUACACUUGGAAGCCAGAAUAGAAUACACACCUUUGCAGGCUUGGGUAGGAACGCUAUACACUUGACUAGACUUCUUCAUGUCUGUUAAUUCUCACCAUAUUCCUGUGAGGAAGACAUCCCCAUUUCACAGAUGAGGAAGUAGAAGCUUAGAGAAACAACAAUUUGCUCAAGAUCUCAGAAUAGCAGCACUCAGACUUGAAACUGAUUUUAUCCAAGUUGGUUAUCUCUCAUAUUGUCAUGAAGUAGAAAAAUAAUAUUUGUGAACCGACAUGCUAUUUCCAUGCUCUCCCUUGUCAUUUCAGGGCAUUAAGGAAUGUUUUGAACCUGAACAUAUUGGAGGCCAGAAAUUAAAUUCCUCAAUCCUAAAGUUAGAUUUUGUUCUAUUAUUGUGUACCUUAUGUGAGACAUUUUUUAACACCAAUGGCAAUGUUAAGUCAAACACAUGCAGUUUGACCCAAGUGGAGAAAUUUCUGUAAUAUUCUAUCUCAAUGUUUUCCAGGUAGGUAUCAGAAAUCCCUUUAAUAAAUUGGAUUAAGCUUAAUCCAAUUUAAACUGAAAGGGAAUUUACUAUUUAUGGAGAUGAAAAUUCCAGAUUUAGAUUGAAUUUCCAGCAAUGCUUAAUCCAGUGGAUUAAGAUAUUGCCAAAAUCCAGCUUUCCACUGUCUCCUUACUGCUUUCUGCAAUAUUGGCCUUAAACAAAGAUUGGGUUCCCAUGUGUUUUGUAAUAGCUGCCAGCCAGCAUUUUGUUUAUUUGCAGAUAAGGUAGGAGAAAAUUUUAGUAACUCUGUCAUAAUGUGCCAGGAAUUGUUCUCUUUUGCUUGCUUCUUCUCUCUUUAUGAACCCUUUGCCUAGAGAUAGGAUGUUGGUUGGAUUAAGAUAAUCAGGGUCUAACCCUGGACUGAUGGUUAGAUUAAUCCCAUACAGACAGCAUAGCUGCUAUAAAAUGGAGGAGAAAAAAUUUGCUACAGAAAAAUCAACAUUAUUUUGGUGAAAAGUGGAGGAAAUGGGUUGCUGGGAGGCAACUGACAAAUAUCCACUACAAAAGCCAACUUGGUCUGUGGCUGUACGAGAAAUACUCCUACUUCAUUCUUCAUCCAACACCAGACAGAAAGGCAGGGCACGUAACUCAUUCCUGAGAGACCUGACUGGAGGUAUAGAAAAACCAGAAAGAAGGAUUUUGCUGGGUUUGUUUUUCUAUAGAAUUCUGCCAUUCCUCACUUUUUUCUUAUUGUUGCUGCUGCUCUCAAGACUUGAGGAACAUGGGCCAUGGCCAUGUUUGGGUUUUUUUCCGACAUUAAAUUCUAAAAAAUGACAAAUCACCCUGUGCCAGGUUUGUUUUUGUUAGGCCCACCAGCUAAGAAUGGUUUUUACAUUUUCAAAAGAUUGUAAAAACAAAGAAUAUGCAACAAAGAUACAUAUGGUCAGCAAAGCCCAAAAUAUUAUUUUGGUCCUUUACAGAAAAAGUGUGCCAACCCUUGAUCCAGUCCCUAAAGUGAAGUUUUAUUAUGUCUUAAAUAAUUACAGCAAAAUAACAAAAUUUAGAGAGUCUAUGUCCCACAAAACCACAUUUACAGGAAACACUAUUAUAGGGUUAAGGCUUUAAUAUUUUUCUCAGCUGUGAAAUAAUCCCUUCAAAAUCCUAAAUGAAAAUACCUUUCAUCUAUUUAAUAUUGUCUUGCUUGUUUCUCAUUUGGGGGUUUCCGGGGAUGGAGAAGGCAGAGGGGGACAUGGAAAUAGGGGAUAGAAAAUCAAGCCUAGACGGUGUUGAUUCUGCUUACAUGGCCUGCCGCUGGGGGAUUCUUGGCUGACCACGUGGUGACUGAGUAGUCAGGGCAUAAAAAUGAAAGGAGCUUCGAAUGUGCCAGAGUUCUAGGUUCUGAGAUGUCAUGUUUAAUGAUGUCAUAGAGAAGCUACCCUUAUGUUCCAGCUAGGAUCCUAUAAUUAAGGAGAGACAGCUGCAGGGGGCCAACUGAGCCAAUAGGAGUUUCAUCAGCUGAUCCCAGGUGGACAUGACGGUGCACGUCAUUAAAGACAUGGCAAGUAUUUAUUGGGCUUCACUGGCUAUUUCAAAAGCGACCCAUCUUGAGAACAGAUCUGGCAAGGAUUAUUUAAUUGAGUGAUUAAAUAAUUAAUUAAAGGAUUAUUUCCUUCAUCCAGUACUCCCUUGUUGCUCUGUAGCAAGGGGAGAUUUUUAAAUUCUUGCUCUUUGUGUUGUUUGUUGAGAGAUGGUGCAGUCUGGAGAGCAGCCGAGGUGCACAUGGAUCACAAAUCCCCAUGUCUUGCUCUGACUCUAGCUGGGUCCAGGUCAGCUCCUGACAUAUCCCAUUAUGUACCUUAUCCCACUAAUUCCACCAUAGUUGCACCUGGAAAAUCCCGUGGAAGUAAAAGAGUCCACCUAUUUCUCUUAUCCUAGGAGAGAGAACAGAGACCCCAGACAUGCUUAUGGGAUGGAGUAGGAACAAUCAUGGCCGGUAGUAUCAACAAGGCCUUCAGUGGUAGCUUCUAAAGCCACUUUCUAUCCAUCGUCCAACAUUACUGCCACAACAAAUCUAAAUACAUAUACAGGCCGGGGAUAGUCUUCAUUUUUAAAGAAGAAAAUUGCCUCUGUGGUUAAGGUUCUACAUCAUUUAAAGGUGGAGUGGGAACUAGAAUUCAGAUAUUCUGUUGCCAGGCCUCAUCUCAUAGGAGGGAAGAACUGGAAGGAAGGGGGAAGGCAUAGGACCAGGGCCUUCCAUCCACCAACACCUUCAGACUUACAUUUUUUCCCCAAAAUACAGCUAUAUAUAAGGCCACAACAUGAGACUGACCAGAUUGCAAGAAGGCAUUGCCAUGUAACUUUGAUAUAAAAAAAUGUUUUAAAAUAGCCCACAUUUGCUAAUGUUUUUGGCAGUAUUGUUUGUAAUUUUCGGGGAAUCUUAUGGAGUAGCCCUCCAUCUCCUCUUCAGAGACAUCUCCUGAGGGCCUGCUGUCUCCUUCAGAAGUCACCUCCUCUUUGACAUGGGGCCUUGGCCACCCAGACCACAAUUGUGAUCCAGCUUGCAUCCUUCCUACUUCAUUCUUCUCCUUCUUUCUUUACUGACAGUGAUCAUGAACACGCCAUAUAGUUUACGUGUGGAUCUUACCACCAGCUUCCCUCUCUAAAUGUAAGCUCCAAAAAGGCAGGGAAAUCUGUGUCUGGUUUCUGCCCAUAGCUGAACCCCAGCAGCAUGUCCAGGACCUGGCAUAGCGCAGGCCUCAAUAGGUGUAUGUGGAGUCAGUAUGUAUAUUAUGGGGCAUUGCCUUCAGAGAACCUAGCCAAGUCAAAUUCAUGGGUCCAGCUAGACCAAUUUACACCUAGUAACUACCGAGAAGUGGAGGCAGUGGGGGCUUGUGAGGAUGGCAUCUGCCUUACAACUUCAGAAGCAAGUGAGCAAUGAUGGCUUGGCAUGGCUUUCUGCAAAGUUAAUUACCCCUGUCCUGUAAAGUUAAUAUACCCCUUGAGAAUAUGGGUAAAGGAAGAGUGCAUGUCUUCUUUGAGUCUUCAGUUUCACCUGCUUGAAACUAACUGAAAUGGUAACAUAAUUGUCAGAACUCCCCUAUUCUAGAACAGUGUGCCAUUUGUAUGGAAUUAGCUCCAUCCCUUAUUCCAGUGAUAGGUCCUUCUUGACUUAGUUCAAUUAGUGAUCCCAUCCCCCCAUCUUAAUGACUGAUCCAGGGAUAGGCGCAAGAUGCAAUUAGGGCCGGUGAGAGGGAGAGGGAAACCCAUUACUAUGAAGACCUCAAGAGGUGAUUAUGUGGGGUGGUGAAGGAAAUGGACUCUGGAGUCAGGAUGCCUAGAUUAGUAACCCCAAUGAUACAGCUCGCUAGCUGGUCAAGCAUGAGAAAGUUAAUCAGCUUUCAUUUUACUUUUUUACUGAAGUAUAAUUGACAUACUAUUAGUUUCAAGUGUUUACAACAAUCACCUGAAUUUCAGGUGAUUCAGCAUUUAUAUACUUUACAAAAUGCUCACCCACAAGAAAUGUGAUUACCAUCUAUCACCAAACAAAGUGAUUACACUAUCGUUGACUGUAUUCCCUGUGCUGUCCUUUUCAUCCUCACAAUUUAUUUAUUUUAUAACUGGAAAUUUGUACCUCUUGAUCCCCUUUACCUAUUUCUCCUGUAAAAUGGAGAUAAUACCCAGUCCUUAGGGUGGCUGUAAUGAAUAAAAGAGAAAAUACAAGGCACAGGGUAAAUUAGCUACUACUGCUGCAAUACCAGUGAGAAGAGGAAAAAUAAGUCUCCAGCAGAACACUAUAUAUUAGCAAAUCAUUCCUGCAUCAACAAAGCACUCUGUUGGCGCUUAUAACAUGCCAGCUAAGGACCACAGAGGUACAGGAGUGAAUCAGGAAUGAGUUCUGUAGGGACUGGUUGGGAAGAUAAGCCAUGCAAGAAAUAACUAGAGUAGGACAGCCACUGUUAUGAAGCAAGCAACUUGAGAGACAGUGAUCUGAGGUUCUAACUUAAGUGAUAUGGACAGUGAAAAAUUCACUUAGGACACUCAGUAAGAAGCAUGUCAAAUCCUUAAAUGGAUGGCUUUCACUAUGGCUUUAAUAAUGAUCAACCCCCAAAACAAAACGAAAACAAGAAAUUAUUCAAUCCAUUAGAUUAGUUCUUCUCCUUUUAAAGUUCACUAUUAAUGCAUGUCUACUCAUUGUUUUAAAAAAAUCAGAUAUAGAUGUCCACGAUUCACCCCUGACCCUCCACCCCUCAUUCUGACUGCCCAAUCUCGGUUUCUCCCCAGAGGUAAUCAGCCAUUACCAACUGCCAUUUGGCACCUAGACUCCUAAUCAUAUUUUGUGGAUUUAUCAUCACUUCCACAUACUUACAAAGAUAAAUAUGUAUGACCCCAGGGACGUUUAGGAAAGGUUGGGUCACCUGCAGAACAAUAGGGUGGGGCAGGUCGUUCAGGUUUUUAAGAACUAAACUAUCACUUUAUUCUCUGCAAAACUUUAUGAGAUUAAGUGAUUGUGCAUGUUUCCUCAUUUAUGUUCUGGUCUCAGGAUGAAUUCAAAGCAUUUUUGAAAGCUGCUGGAUGCAAACUUGCAGUGGUUGAAUUUUCAGCAAAAUGGUGUGGUCCUUGUAAAAAGAUUUGUCCUCUUGUACAGGCAAUGUCUCUGCAAUACCAAAAUGUAAUGUUUGCUAAUGUGGAUGUGGACUAUUCUCAGGAGUUGGCUCAGACUUACCACAUUAAAGCAAUACCCACAUUUCAGAUGUUCAAGCAAGCCCAUAAGGUAACCCUAUUCUCAAGACUCAAAAGAGCAAUUUGCUGUUAUAGAAGUGGAUUCGUGGGUAAACCGAUCUUUGAAUUUUGUGGAGCUGAUGCUGAGAAAUUAGAAGCAAAGAUUCAAGAACUAAUGUAAGCUGAUCUCUAAGACAAAAUACAGUUGCAACAUUUUAAAAGGCCAUAUUGAAUGUGUUUGUGUCUUUAUUUCUACCAAAUAUAACGUUCUUUUGGUCUCCUAAUGCUUUAUAGGUUGGAAGUACACAUUGCAGUCUCACUGAAAAAUUGCUUAAAACUCUUGCAAUAUCAGAUGUUGUGUCAUUUCCAUUCUCUAACUUGGCCCUUCUACUUUACUCUGAGCAGAUUUCUUAGGUAAUGUUUUUAUGACCCUCACAACAGAGGCCCUAAACAGCUAAGUAAUAUCAGUUCAUUGAGGUUUUCCAGAGAACUGCCAAAGGUGAAAUUCUUCACAAUGAUCAA